UUUAUGAAAUUCUCUAACGUACGUAUACGAUGAUGUCUUAUCCUCUUGCUGCCACACCUUGUUCUCAAACUAAAACCAUAAACAUGGCUACUGUUACAUCUACAUCUCUUCCUUUAUUCACUCCAAAAACCUCAAAUUUCCAUAACAAGUCUUGUUUUUCUAAAUCUAAUUUCUCUACUCUCAAAUGUAAAGCAUCAUCAUCAAGUUUUUCAGCAUCCAUGUUGGAUUUUGACUUGUAUGAUCUUCUAGGAAUUGAUAGUUCAUGUGAUCAGUCACAGAUCAAGACGGCGUAUCGAUCUCUUCAGAAACGAUGUCAUCCUGAUAUUGCUGGUCCUUCUGGUCAUGAUAUGGCUAUCAUUCUUAAUGAUGCUUAUGCUAUUCUUUCGGAUCCAUUUGCUCGUUUUGCCUAUGAUAAGGAGCAUGCAAAGAUCACAGAAUUCAAAGGCUUCACUGGAAGACCAUUGUAUUCAGUAUGGUGUGGUUCACAAAGUGAACAGAGAGCUAUAUUCGUUGACGAAGUAAAAUGUGUUGGAUGCCUAAAAUGCGCUUUGUUAGCUGAAAAGACUUUUGCUAUAGAAUCAGUUUAUGGAAGAGCAAGGGUUGUUUCUCAGUGGGCUGAUUCUGAACCCCAAAUUGAUGAGGCAAUUCAAGCUUGUCCUGUCAACUGCAUUUCAGUUGUUGAGAGAUCCAACCUUGCUGCUUUAGAGUUCUUGAUGUCGAAGCAGCCACGUGGCAAUGUAAGAGUAGGUGCAAGUCAUACAGCAGGUGCUCGUGUCUCUAACAUAUUUGUAGAUGUGGAGAGGUUUCAGACUAGAUUUCAAGAGACAAUGCAAAAAGCUACCAAGUAUUCUCAGGAAACAGACCUCCAAAGAGAAUCAAGAAUGUCAGCAAUUCAAGCAAUAAGAUCAAUUUCCAAUUGGUUAUAUUGGCAACCAAAUAGAGCAAGUGAUAACAAAAGCAUGACAAAAGUUGCGCAAAAAUUACUACCUGAUCCAAAUCUUAGUAAGCUAAGAGAUGCAGCUGCAAAGAGAAAAUUAAAAGAUACACAAAAAACCAAACAUAAAACCCCCAUAAAUUCCAUUCAUCCUGAGGAAUAUUGGACUCCAUCAACUGUUGUUCUUCCUUCUUCAACUAGUACUACUGCUACACCGCCAAUUGAGAAGCCUACAUUUGCUAAAGGAAAGAAACAAAGAAAAAGAAGUGAUGUUGAAACAUAUGAGAAUGAAAAUAGUCCAAUUAGAUGGGGAUUGCCAGUGGUUACUUCAUUGUUUGGUAUGGCUGCAGUUAGGUUACAUGAAGUUGGAUCAUCAACAGUUGAGUUGAAAGAGCAUUGGGGAGGUUCUUUAGCUUUGGAAAUUGUUAACAGCUCUUGGCUGCAAUAUAUAUUGGUAGCAGCUACAUGGUAUGUGAUUGGAAGGGUUGCUGUAGAAUUUGUGGCCAACAUUGGAAAUAGAAAUCGAUAGAUGUAUAUAAUAAUAUAUGGUUAAAGUGUAAUUAGAAUCUACGUAAUUAGAAUAUAGAAUAGAUACAUGUAAUAUGAAGUUAGGUUUAUGAAGAAACAAAUCAAUCACAACAUAUGAUGUAAUUAUAAGUUCUUAAAGUAUAUACUUAUUCUGAAACUUAAG